GCGCAGUCCCGCUCCUCCGCGCCUGGCUCGGGGCCGCAGCGGGAGCCUGGCGGCGGCUGAGCCGGGGUGCUGGCCGGGGAAGCGAAGGGAAAGGCAGCGCUCCCGGCGACCGAGCGGUGGGUAGGCCAUCUUUGUCUCCUUUACUACUGGGAUUUUGGAGUUCAUUCCCACCUGUGGGGCAGGGAGGAAAAGAACAGUCUUUCCUCACAGGCUGAAAGCUGUUCAAUGCCUGUCCCUGCUGCUGAAAGCAUCUCUGUCAAAAAAAGAACAAGACACUGAGUGAAACAGUGAGAGCAAUAACUUCACUUGGGGUGCUGUAACCUGCCUGCUGCCCAAGAUGGUGAAGCUGGACAUCCACACACUGGCCCAUCACCUCAAGCAGGAGCGACUCUACGUGAACUCGGAAAAGCAGCUGAUCCAGAGGCUCAAUGCAGAUGUCUUGAAGACAGCAGAGAAGCUGUACCGCACGGCAUGGAUUUCCAAGCAGCAAAGGAUUAACUUGGACAGGCUGAUCAUAACAAGUGCUGAAGCUUCUCCUGCUGAAUGUUGCCAGCAUGCCAAAAUCUUGGAGGACACACAGUUUGUGGAUGGAUACAAGCAGUUGGGAUUUCAGGAAACUGUGUAUGGAGAAUUCCUGAACAGAUUGAGAGAGAACCCUAGGCUUAUUGCAUCCUGUCUGGUUGCUGGAGAGAAGCUUAACCAAGACAACACUCAGAGUGUCAUUCACACAGUCUUUACCUCCAUUUAUGGCAACUGCAUCAUGCAGGAGGAUGAGAGCUACCUCCUCCAGGUCCUUCGGUACUUGAUUGAGUUUGAACUUAAGGAAAGUGACAACCCCAGGAGGUUGCUGAGACGAGGCACCUGUGCAUUCAGCAUCUUGUUCAAACUUUUCUCUGAAGGACUCUUUUCUGCAAAACUUUUUCUUACUGCAACUUUACAUGAGCCGAUCAUGCAGCUCCUGGUUGAAGAUGAAGACCACCUGGAAACUGAUCCAAACAAGCUAACUGAGAGAUUCUCCCCCAUACAACAGGAGAAGUUAUUUGGAGAGAAAGGCACAGAGAAGUUCAGGCAAAGAGUCCAAGAGAUGGUUGACUCCAAUGAGGCCAAACUGGUGACCUUGGUGAACAAAUUCAUUGGCUAUCUCAAACAAAACACGUACUGUUUUCCUCACAGCUUGAGAUGGAUUGUGUCACAAAUGUACAAAACCCUCUCAUGUGUAGACAGGCUGGAGAUUGGGGAGGUCAGAGCCAUGUGCACAGAUCUCCUUCUAGCAUGUUUCAUCUGUCCUGCAAUUGUUAACCCAGAACAGUAUGGGAUCAUUUCUGAUGCUCCUAUAAAUGAGGUGGCAAGAUUUAAUCUGAUGCAGGUUGGGAGACUUCUGCAGCAGUUGGCAAUGACAGGUUCAGAAGAGGGAGAUCCACGUUUGAAGAGCAACCUUGCUAAAUUUGACAAAAGCUGUGUGGCUGCUUUCCUGGAUGUAGUUAUUGAUGGGCGUGCAGUUGAAACUCCUCCAAUGUCUUCUGUGAACCUUCUGGAGGGGCUGAGCAGAACAGUGGUUUACAUGACUUACAGCCAGCUAACUACUCUGGUUGGCUUUAUGCGGAAUGUGAUGUUAAGUGAUCAGCUUAAGGAAGAUCGGAUGGCUUUGGAAAACUUGCUGGCAAACUUACCCCAGAACAAACCAGGGAAAAGCAGCAGCCUGGAAAUGACUCCCUAUAAUACCCCACAGCUUUCUCCUGCAACAACUCCAGCUAACAAAAAAAAUAGAUUGCCAAUAGCAACUCGUAGCAGAAGUAGAUCAAAUAUUCUGAUGGAUCAGCACGGUGAUCAUGAAGGAUCCUCCCAGGAGACUAUCCCAGAAGUUCAGCCAGAAGAAGUGCUGGUGAUUUCUUUGGGGACAGGUCCACAGAUUACUCCAGGAAUGAUGUCAGAAAAUGAGGUCUUAAAUAUGCAGCUUGCACAUGGCGGACAAGGAGAUGUCCCUGUUGAUGAAAACAAACUCCAUGGUAAACCUGAUAAAACCUUGCGCUUUUCCCUCUGCAGUGAUAAUCUGGAAGGAAUAUCUGAAGGUCCUUCAAAUCGUUCCAACUCGGUGUCAUCUUUGGAUUUGGAAGGGGAGUCUGUGUCGGAGCUUGGUGCGGGCCCCUCGGGCAGCAAUGGUGUGGAAGCUCUGCAGCUCCUGGAGCAUGAACAAGCCACAACUCAGGAUAAUCUUGAUGACAAGCUCCGUAAAUUUGAAAUCCGUGAUAUGAUGGGAUUGACUGAUGACAGAGAUAUAUCAGAAACUGUCAGUGAAACUUGGAGUACAGAUGUCUUGGGCAGUGACUUCGACCCAAAUAUUGAUGAAGAUCGUUUGCAAGAAAUAGCAGGUGCAGCUGCAGAGAACAUGCUAGGCAGCUUGCUGUGUUUACCAGGUUCAGGAUCCGUGUUGCUUGAUCCCUGCACAGGUUCUACCAUAUCAGAAACCACAAGUGAGGCGUGGAGUGUGGAAGUGUUGCCAAGUGAUUCAGAGGCCCCAGACUUAAAACAGGAGGAAAGACUGCAGGAGCUGGAAAGCUGUUCCGGGCUGGGUAGCACAUCUGAUGACACAGAUGUAAGGGAGGUCAGUUCCCGACCCAGCACACCAGGUCUCAGUGUUGUAUCAGGUAUCAGUGCAACAUCUGAAGAUAUUCCUAAUAAGAUUGAGGAUCUCAGGUCUGAAUGUAGCUCUGACUUUGGUGGAAAAGAUUCUGUGACAAGUCCUGACAUGGAUGAAACAGCUCAUGGAGCCAGUCAGUUGACAUCUCCUCCUUCUCAGACAGAUUCAUUGCUUGCAUUGUUUGACCCUCUGUCAUCGAGUGAGGGUGUAUCAGCUGUAGUAAGGCCUAAAGUACACUAUGCAAGACCCUCUCAUCCACCACCAGAUCCACCCAUCUUGGAAGGAGCUAUGGGAGGUAAUGAGGCCCGAUUACCAAACUUUGGGUCUCACAGUUUAAUUCCAACUGAUUUGGAAGCAUUCAAGCAGAGACACUCUUACCCAGAGAGGCUGGUCCGCAGCAGGAGCUCAGAUAUAGUGUCCUCAGUUCGGAGACCCAUGAGUGAUCCUGGCUGGAACAGACGUCCUGGAAAUGAGGAGAGGGAGCUUCCUGUGCCAGCCACCAACACUGGAGCAGCUGUUCUGGUAGCUGCAUCUCAGUCCUCAUCUUCAUCUCCCAGUAAAGAUUCCUCUAGGGGAGAGAUUGAAGAACGAAAAGACAGUGAUGAUGAGAAGUCUGACAGAAACAAACCCUGGUGGAGGAAACGUUUUGUGUCUGCCAUGCCCAAAGCUCCUAUUCCAUUUAGAAAGAAAGAAAAACAAGAAAAAGACAAAGAUGACAUGGUUCCUGACAGAUAUGCAACACUUCAAGAUGAUCCCAGCCCAAGGCUCAGUGCACAGGCACAAGCUGCAGAGGACAUUCUGGACAAAUACAGGAAUGCAAUUAAGAGAACCAGCCCUAGUGAAGGAUCCAUAGCAAACUAUGACAGUGCAGAGGCUAUUGGGGAUGGUGAGAGCAUGCAUGACUCUCCACGUGAUGAGGCUUUGCAAAAUAUGUCUGCAGAUGAUCUCCCGGACUCUGCAAGUCAAGUAGCACAGCCACAAAGUUCUGCUUUCUCCUAUAGGGAUGCAAAGAAGAAACUGAGACUGGCCCUUUGUUCAGCAGAUUCUGUUGCCUUCCCAAUGUUGACACAUUCAACAAGGAAUGGUCUACCAGAUCACACUGACCCUGAAGAUAAUGAAAUUGUGUGCUUCUUGAAAGUUCAGUUAGCUGAAGCUAUUAACCUCCAAGACAAGAACUUGAUGGCCCAGCUGCAAGAGACAAUGCGGUGUGUGAGCCGCUUUGAUAACAGGACCUGUCGAAAGCUGCUGGCAUCUAUUGCAGAGGACUAUAGGAAAAGAGCCCCAUACAUUGCUUAUUUAACUCGGUGUCGCCAAGGCCUGCAGACAACACAAGCACACUUGGAAAGGCUGCUGCAAAGGGUUCUGAGGGAUAAAGAAGUGGCCAACAGAUACUUCACUACAGUAUGUGUGAGGUUACUGCUAGAGAGCAAAGAAAAGAAAAUAAGGGAGUUUAUUCAAGAUUUCCAGAAACUCACAGCAGCAGAUGAUAAAACAGCCCAAGUUGAGGAUUUUCUUCAGUUCUUAUAUGGGGCUAUGGCUCAGGAUGCCAUCUGGCAGAAUGCCAGUGAAGAACAGCUUCAGGAUGCACAAUUAGCUAUAGAACGCAGUGUCAUGAAUCGUAUUUUCAAGCUUGCAUUCUACCCUAAUCAGGAUGGAGACAUUUUGCGUGACCAGGUCCUUCAUGAGCACAUACAGAGGUUGUCUAAAGUAGUGACUGCAAACCAUAAAGCACUUCAGAUACCCGAGGUUUAUCUCCGGGAGGCACCAUGGCCAUCUGCACAGUCUGAAAUCCGCACAAUAAGCGCCUACAAAACCCCCCGAGACAAAGUGCAGUGUAUCCUGCGGAUGUGUUCAACCAUCAUGAACCUGCUUAGCCUGGCAAAUGAAGAUUCAGUACCUGGGGCAGAUGAUUUUGUUCCUGUUCUAGUCUUUGUCCUCAUAAAGGCAAAUCCACCUUGCUUGCUGUCCACGGUUCAGUACAUUAGUAGUUUCUAUGCCAACUGUUUAUCUGGAGAAGAAUCCUACUGGUGGAUGCAGUUCACAGCAGCAGUUGAAUUCAUUAAAACAAUUGAUGAUCGAAAGUAACUCAAACAGCACGUGUGUGGGCAGACUGUUAGCAGAAGAAGAGUAUAAAAGAAUGUACAACAGCUGCAAAAGCUGAAGAGACUUUCUUUGUAUAAUACUGUACAGAAUUGAGGCAUUUUAAAACACACCUUUACUAAUCAAAUUAAUUUAACAGAUUUUUCCUUUUCUCUUUUGGUUGCAUUUUUCUCCCCUAUAGAUACUGGCACUGCAAAAGGGACCACAGUUUUCAGGUAUUUUGGAAUCUCAAAACAUGCAGAAAAUUCUUCACACUUUUUCCACCAUCCCACUUUCUGAAUUCUUUCUCAUGUGAAUUCUUCAUUUAAUUCCUAACAGGAAACUGAAACAAGAAGAAUCAGGGCAACUACUUAGUAUACUUUCUAGCUUAAUACACCUUUUAUUAAUAAGACACCAGCCACACUGAAGGUUUGUAGUAACUGACAUUAGUUAUCAGUUAUCUUUCACCUAAAUUUAAAAUCUGAGAGGACAGUGUAAAUAUUAUAUAACUAUAUUUAAUGCAUUGCAAUUGUCUUUGGACUCACAACCCUUUGAAUAAAAAAGCAAAAGCCUCUCUGACCUUUAAACAGGGUGUGACACUGUGUUUUGGUAACUAAAGGACUUCCUUGAAAGAAUAAGAUUUAAAAAGGGCAAACUGAACUAUUUAUUAAAAUAUAAUUAAGAUUACUGAAAUUUCUAAAACUGGAAUUUAUAAUAGACAGACCUUAUUAGAUAGCUGAACACUUUUGACUAGGGCACUAGGGUGUUAGAAAGGUUUGGAUAUAUAGAGGAGAGGGACUGUAAGUUACAAUAGAGAAGUCUAAUAUAAAAAAAUACCUUACUGUAAUAUUUUUUUCUGAACUAUUGUGUAUACUGUACAAACCCCAAACAGAGAUCCUUAACAGAACCUUGGACUGUAAUAUAUAUUUUGAUUAGUGACAUUAAAUACAUAUGCCAGGGGUUCCAGUGAAUGUUUUUACUAAAUGUUCUUCGUGUUGUCUGCUAUGCAGCAGUGCAGGUUUUACUGUUCAUAUAAAAUAUUUUAAAAUAUAACACUGUUCUUUAUGAAACAUAUCAUUACUUCAGUUGAGGGUGUUUUAUAUAUUUCUCACCCCACCUUUCCCUUUAAACUGGCAAUUACCAAUUUAUAAUUUUUUUAUGCACAACACCACAUGGAUUUUUCAUGAAUGAAAUGGUCUGAGGGAUGGUCAGUGGUUGUUACCUGUAUGUAAGUACUCACUGUUCUUUUUUAGCUAGAAUUACAUUGAAAAAGGACAGUGAGCAUUUAGCUCUUUCAUGUCAGUAUUAUUUCUUGCUUUUCCCAGAGUGUUCAUUGCACUUCUGACAGAGGGAUGUGUUAAGAAUUGGUGUCUGAGCAGUAAAGAAACAAAACCUUUCUCACAUUCUUUUCAAAAUAGUAUUAAUUUUGUGUGUGUGCAUUUUGAAGAUUAAAGCCUGUAAGCAGCUAGUACUUGGGAUAACCAUUUGGUUAACUGAAAUUAGAGCAAUUGAUGUCAAGUAUCAAGUGCUUGAUUUGGCUGUGCUACUUGUCAAGGCAUAAUUAAACUUUUCUAAGACUCUAAUAUAUAAUUCAGUGUAGCUUUUUGCCAAAGUGGUCAUAGGUGAGAGGUUGUGAUGGUAACUUUUUUCUUUUAUUUAUGGUCUUUCUCCUCUAUUAGAGACUUGAUUGUGUAGAGGAGCAAUACUCAGUAGAAACAGAAUUCUUCUGAUCUGCCUUACUGUGGUAACUCAGUCUGUGUAGCAUUGCAAUAUUCCAGUUAUUUAGCCUUGAUGGGGUUUUGGUGCUGAACACGUAACAAUAUUGCAAGCACAGCCCUGACCAAUAACAUUCAGCAGUGAAGCACAAAUAUGCCCUUGAGGAGAUGGCCAGAUUAUAUCUAAAAGCAAUAUAAAUUUAUUUAUAUUGAAGUGUCCUGUAAUACUUAAUUAUUACUUGAAUAUCUGAGGUGUGAAGGCCGAUAUAUGAAAGUUCUUUUUAGUCCUGCAUUUGGGUUUCAGUCAGGGAGAGUAUUUGUACAAUCCAUAGAGGUGGCACAAAGACACUGUGGUUGGUGGUUACUCUGCCUGUUGCUUCUGCUUGCAGCUUUAGUGAGCAGGAGUGGAUCAGGGUUUUCAGAUUUACUCUCCCUUAUAAAGAGGGCAAGAACCAUUUCCUUCACAAUUCGUGUCACUUUGCUUUUCUGCAUAGAAAAAAUAGAUAAAAGAACUGGAGUCUUUUUAAAGUUAUUUAGUUAUUUUAUAAACCAGUAAGUGUUUCAGUGAGCCCCAGGUGAGCUGAGUCUCCAUAGCAAGAUGGUCCUUUGCUGCUUUUUUUCAACCUACUCUGAAAGUCCUUUAUAUAGUCUUGAUAGGUAUAGUUAGAGAAUUAGGCUUUCCAAAGAAUUAAAAACCUUCCUGUAAUGUUCUCUUACUAUUUCCCCUGGUGUCCCGUACUGUUCUGUUUUAAAAUUAUAAAUUACAUGUAUAGAAAGUGACAUUGUUAGGUUUUGGUGUGCAAUAGUAAAAGUGAAAAGGACCAAAAGUAACAGAACUGUUGCCAAAUGGCACCAGCCAAGCUUGUACCUGUUGCUGUCAUCUUGGUGCUUUCUGUUAAUUAAAUUAUUUCAGUCACUGAAGGAUGAAUGGGACAUUUUAGGGCAAGGGGAGCAGGAAGACAUUGUUGGUAGCUGUUUGUGGUCAUGGAUUUAAGGCUUGGUUGUUGAGUUCAGUGCUAGUUGUUGGCAUGUCUGCAGGAGCUGCCAAGUUCUGUGCUGGCAUGGCUAUGCCUCUUGGUACUACUGAGGUGGUAUUUUCUUUUUUUGGGUAGAGCAGUGUAAAGAAAGAAUUAUUCAUCCCUUGGAGGUUUUUUGGGUUUUUUAUUUGCUUCUAACUAAAUGAGACUUUUCUUUAAAGCUUUUUAAAAACCUCUUAAAAUUAAUUGGAACAUGUAUGGUCUAUUAAGUAUUUGAGUUUAAAAGUUUUUGUUUUAAAGACCUUUUACUACCAAAUGCUGAAUGUAACUGCCAUAAAUUUUAGGAAAAAAAAGCCACGAACAUGAUCCUGUUUCCUGUAGGUAGGUUUCUGGUGAGCACAGCAUUGGUUUGAAAACAUCAUUGUUCUGUGAAGCCAAAUUCUCAGACAAGUUUGAGGACUGCCAGGCUGAUGCUGAGUGGUGUGUGGAAGAAAGGGCUGGAGCAGGCCGGGGGGAGAAGUAAAGCAGUAAAGCUUUGGGCAAAUGAAACUUGUGUUUGCAGGAAGGUAACUGGUGUGUCUGUGCUGCCAUGCAGCCUUUGGCUGGCAGGGGAUGGAGAGCUGGAGCAGAAGGGAAGCAGUGGGUAAGGAGGGAGAAGAACACUCCUGUUUGGAAAACAGCUGGGACUUGGUUGGACCUGUACUACUUGAGGGUUAAUCUCAGCUGAGUUAGUAGUGUGUGUUCUGUACCUUUUAAUUGUGCUUUACCUCCAUUUAAAAGCUUUGUACUGCCUCUCCUCUUUGAAACUGGUAAAGCCUUUAUAAAUUUAAAUUAAUGAGCUUGCACAAUCUUGUAUACAGGAAACCCAUCUUGUCUCUAACGUGAUUACUAAUGUAUUAUUCUGUAAAAACUGAUUAAAAGGAGAGCAGUUUAA